AUGCUCCUCCGGGACCUGGUGCUGCGCCGUGGCUGCUGCUGGCCCUCACUACUGCUGCACUGUGCGCUUCACCCACUCUGGGGCUUCGUUCAGGUGACGCAUGCUGAGCCCCAGAAGUCUUGUUCUAAGGUGACUGACAGCUGCCAACACAUCUGCCAGUGCCGGCCCCCACCCCCUCUACCCCCUCCGCCUCCACCUCCACCACCUCCCAGACUACUCUCCGCUCCAGCUCCCAACUCUACCUCGUGCCCUGCGGAGGACAGCUGGUGGUCGGGUCUGGUGAUCAUCGUUGCUGUCGUCUGUGCCUCCCUGGUGUUUCUGACUGUGCUGGUCAUCAUUUGCUACAAAGCCAUAAAGAGGAAACCACUGAGAAAAGACGAAAAUGGCACCAGUGUUGCUGAAUAUCCCAUGAGCUCAUCCCAGAGUAGCAAAGGGGUGGAUGUAAACACUGCGGUGGUGUGA